UCUGCGAAACCAGUCAAAUCGCUAAAACGCCUAAAUCCAUCGCCACUCGCUCACACUCACAUUUCUAUGAUGAUAAUUUCCCAAUUACCCUUUCCCACCACCUUCACUUCCGCCAACCAAACCCUUAUAAACCCCGGCAAAUUCCCCACUCCUGAAAAUAACCAUCAGCCUUCCACCUUCCUCCAGCACCUCUCCCUUUCUCCUCCUCUACCGCCGCCGCCACCAAUACCAAAGUUUUCCCAUUUCCAUCCCCAAAUCAGAACCCCUGAUCCAAAAAAUCCCAUCUUUCCUUGUUCCCUAAAAGCAACGAGGACAAAUGUCGCACCUUGACAACAUUCCUUCCACUCCUGGCAAAAACAAACCCGACAAGUCUUUCCGUUUCUAUUCCUCCGCCGCCUUCUUAUCUCUUUCCAAACUAACCCUUUAUUCCACCCUUUUCCUUUCCAUCCUCCUUAUCCUCCUCCUCCUCUCCUCCCCUUCCUCCACCCCAUCCCGACGCCGUCACCUAUCUACUGGGACCCACCACACCCCAAUCUCUAUUCCCUACAAACUAAUCCACAAAUCGGCCCGUCCACGCUCUACCACCGGCCACACCGUUCUUGUGACCGGAGCCGCUGGCUUCGUUGGAACCCACGUUUCCGUCGCCCUCAAACGCCGUGGCGACGGUGUCCUUGGCCUCGACAACUUCUACCAUUACUAUGAUCCCACCCUCAAAAGGGCACGCCAAAAGUUCCUCGAAAAAGCCGGGGUUUUUAUCGUUGAAGGCGACAUCAACGACAAGGGUCUUCUCCACCAACUCUUCGACGCCGUUUUGUUCACUCAUGUAAUGCAUUUAGCAGCCCAGGCAGGUGUUCGUUACGCUAUGCAAAAUCCAGGGUCUUAUAUUCAUAGCAACAUUGCUGGGUUUGUGAACUUACUGGAAGUUUCGAAAUCCGCAAACCCUCAACCGGCGGUUAUCUGGGCGUCUUCGAGUUCGGUCUACGGGUUGAAUUCUGAGGUACCCUUUUCGGAAAAAGACAGAACUGAUCAACCUGCGAGUUUAUAUGCUGCUACAAAAAAAGCUGGUGAGGAAAUUGCUCAUACUUAUAAUCAUAUUUACGGGCUUUCAAUAACUGGAUUGCUGUUUUUCACGGUUUAUGGCCCCUGGGGUCGACCUGAUAUGGCAUAUUUCUUUUUCACUAGAGAUAUAAUGAAAGGAAAAACGAUUACUUUGUAUGAAUCACCAGAUAAAGGUAGUGUGGCUAGAGAUUUUACUUAUAUUGAUGACGUAGUGAAAGGGUGUUUGGGGGCAUUGGAUACAGCAAAGAAAAGUACGGGAAGUGGGGGGAAGAAGAGAGGGCCAGCGCAAUAGAGGAUUUUUAAUUUGGGGAAUACUUCGCCAGUACCUGUGAGUAGGCUGGUGAGUAUAUUGGAGAAGAUUUUAAAGGUGAAAGCUAAGAAGAAAGUAGUGCCUUUGCCAAGAAAUGGGGAUGUAGAGUUUACACACGCCAAUAUUACCUUAGCAAUGAGGGAGCUUGGGUAUAAGCCCACAACUGAUUUGGAGGCGGGGUUGAAGAAGUUUGUUAGAUGGUACCUCAGUUUUUAUUUGGGGCAAAGAAGAAUUCUUGGUAUAGACUCCUUCAGAGUCCUCAGUCCUCUGGUGAUGUUUAAAUUUUAGUAAUGUUUAAAAUAUUUAGGGGAUUGUUAAGAAAAUUGUUAUUUUUUUAGACACAACUUGUAAGGGUAUUGUUUAUCAGUUAUCACUUAUCACCUUGUUGUGAAGAUAACAGCUUAUACCUAGGAAGUUUCCUUUUUUUUUUUUUUUUCCAUUUUUUUAACAGAGAGAUGUAAUUCUUCUCCUUGGUUAUUUUAACUUAGAUGUCUAUAUGUCUAAAUUGAUAUUCUGGAAAUAACUUUGGUUUAGAUUUAUUAAAAAGUUGUUAUAUGCUUGCUCAUUAUCCAUGUCUAUUUGUCACGCCAAGCACUCCGAGGAAAAGUAGGCAGGGUACUUAAUCCCACAUUGGAUAUGAAAGGGAGGUCACUGGGAUAUAAAAA